AAAUAAACAAAAUCAAAUCUCAAUCAGAAAAUACUUCGGAGUUUCGUAAAUAAUCACCUUAAAUAAUAAUUUCCAACGGUUAUCCAAUCGAAAAGAGUGGUUUAUUAUUAGUAUUAUUUCACAAACGCAGUAAGCGGUGGAUUUUGAAAUUAGAGCUGUCACACCGCCUCCAAAUUUAGGCAAAACACAGCAACUCUACAGAUAAACAUAUGUUUUGAAUAUUGUACAUCGAUAAAAUAGGAAAUAUGGACUUCUUCCACGAAGCAAUUGCACUCGGCGUCGAUUUGGUGAUACUGGGCCUUUGCGCCCGGGAAUAUGUGCACUACAAGCGCACUGCUCAGCUGCUAAAGACGGCGCCGCAAUACAACAUCGAUGGCAACUUGAAAUCGUUGGUAGAACGGCAGCCCGACAAGAAGAUUCCCUAUGUGGUAAUCCGGGGCACAGUGACGCCCAUCGGGGUGCCGCUGAGGAGCGCCUUGGUGCCCAGUGUGAGCGGUGUCUUGCAGAUUGUCAAGCUGCACGAGCACCGAGUCACGCGGGGCUUUGCCGGCUUCUGGACGGAGCAGAGCAAGCUGCUCCAUAAGACGGCAAAUGAGAUGCCGUUCGAAUUACGUAACCAACAAUACGGCGUAGAGAUUGUGGACGCCAUGAGGGCGGGCGUCCUAGAUGUGGACAUGGUCUACGACAACUAUGAACCUUCCAACCUAUCCCUGGCCGAUCACAUAUUUGGUUUCUUCAGCGGCAUUCGGCAGCGGGGUCUGCAGACAACCGAGGAAGUGCUUCGAGAUGGCAGCUUUAUCACGGCCAUCGGUGAGCUGUCAUCUGAUGGCAAGACACUGCGCAUGCAGCCCUCCAAAGAGGGUCCUCUCUUCCUAACCACCGCCACCAAGUCGACGCUGAUCAAGCGUUUUCAAGAUGCCAAGGGUGCCACAUUACUCAAAAUCGUUGUGUGUGGUACAAUUUCGGUGGUCCUGGUGGCCUUAAUCGUAAAGAAGAUCUAUAAGCGAAAGAAACAGGAACGGGAAGACGCCAUGAUUCGAGAUCGUUUGGAUACAGAGCGUCGCGAGCGGCGUGCGAGGAGUCGUCCCCAUACCCUGUCCCAGGAUCAACUUUGCGUUGUGUGCUCCACAAAUCCAAAGGAGAUCAUUCUCCUCCCCUGUGGUCAUGUCUGUCUCUGCGAGGAUUGCUCCCAAAAAAUCUCCAUUAGCUGCCCCGUGUGUCGCGGCAAAAUAACCUCCAAAUCGGCUGCCUUCAUUGCCUAAAAGUAUAUUUCGAGACGAGCACAAGAUCACCGUUUGUACCUGAGCGCCGGCUACUCUUUAUUUUUUGUUUACAAUGCUCUCAUGUACGGC